GACGGCGCAAAUCCGCCAUGUUGUGAUUUUCUCUCUGGAGAGAGACGUACCGGCGGGGGGGGGGAAAUAUUGAAAAAAAGAACGAACAUAUCAGUCCUGGCUUUCCUCUCGCUUGCUGACUUGGUGAAGCACGGAUUCUGGUUAAUGCAUCACCGAGGGUAAAUAGAAGAACAACGACGGUCCCCUCACGAUGGCCUCCAAUGCACAAGAAGAUGAAUUUGACCAAGUUGAUAAACCAGGUUCUGAAAGAUUUCGGAGGAGACGACCAGCCAAUGAAGAAUGGGACAGACUGAAUGCCUUCUAUGCACGGAUUAACACAAUGGAUGAUGUAACAUCAAGGAACUCUCCCUCUCCCACUGAGGAACAGCACCCUGUCUGGCUGCAGCCGAGUGAUCUUGAAGAUGAUUUGCUCAGUGAUGACUGGGGGUUGAGCAAAAAGAAUCUGUCUGACCCGUCUGAUGAAGAGCUUGAUGAUAACCUUUUGCAGAGUGAUGAAGAAGGAAAUGAAAGUUACCAAGGUGUAUCGGUCGACAUCAAUGCUUCGACAUCUUAUACGGGUACAUCCUUAGAAUUGUCUAAGAGUAUUGGUGACAAAUCUGCUGAAGAUAUAUUGCAUUAUGCAGAUCAAGAUGCAGAUGAUGAAAGUGCAGCCCUGGAAGCUGUAGACGAUGCUCAAGAAGAGAUGGCAGACUAUACUCAGGAAGAAUAUGUUGAAGAUUUACAAUAUGAAAGCAACGACACUCACCUAGGAGACGACCAAAUGGAUUACCCGGUAGAACAGGGCGAAGAAGAGAUGUACAAUGAUGAAGUGUUAGACCUUGAAAUCAAUGACCCUCUAGAUGAUGAAUUUCAAGAUGAAGAAUAUUCACAGUUGUAUGUCGCAAACCAAGAUAUGCCGGAACAGCUUCAAACUCAGGGUAAUGAUGAAUAUGAGGAAGCAGUGACCACAGAAGUACAAGAGCAUGCUACAGAAACAGUGAAUGAACCUGAAGAGAUGGUGAAGCUAAUACAGGAAGUGGAAGAAAAGAAGGAUGUUUCUGAUGAUGAAGAUGAUGAGGAUGAGGAAUCUGGGCGAAUUCGUUUUAAAACUGAACGGAAAGAAGGAACAGUCAUUCGGUUAACAGAUGCGGCUAGAAAAAGGAGAAACAUUCCGGACACCUUGGAACUUUCUGAUGAGGCUAAGGCUGCAUUACGUGAAUUUGAGGAGACAGAACGCCAGCGGAAACAAGGAAAAAGAGGGCGAAGAGGGCGUUCAGGUAACCUUGGUUUUGGCGACCCUAGGAAAGAUGGUGGAAGGAAGAAAGACCAGCGCCUACCUUUGAUGCCAGUGCCUCCAUCACUGCCGAAUCCUCGUGCUCCUGUAAAUUCCCCAGAUCAUCAGUCUGGUAGAGGUAAUUUUCAGCAGCGACAACAGCCACCGCCUCUCCUGGUACCUCAAAGACAUCCUUCUGCAUCUCAAUUAUCCAUUUGCCCUCCGCAGCAACCAGAGCAGCAGCAUCCACAGCAGAAAGACCAACCGCAGAAUUCAGAAGCUGCUCCUAUCAGUUUGAAUGAAGCAGUAAUCCCAGCCCAGCAACCAAAGAACAUUCAUAUAAACCCUCAUUUCCGAGGCCCAGUGGUUACUCCUGUCCAAGUGCCCUUGAUGCCUACGCCAAACCAGCCGAGGCCUGCUGUGGGCCCCCAGAGAUUCCUGAAUCCGCCAGAAUUUCAGCCACCUAUUCCAGUCCCUGCUAACUUUAAUCAGCCACCCAGGCAACCUCUUCAGGAGCCAUGGAGAGGGCCACACCCACAGGAGAGAGAGCCCUUUUUCAUUGGUGAUUCAAGAUUCCAAGGACAGCAUAUGUUUGAACAGCGGAGUCCUCCUCCCCCACUUAUGAACAAUCAUGCAAUGUCUUUACAACCUCCCAUGGUGUACAGCCAUCCAAACCCAGGUUUCAACCAGCAGGCACAACAUCAUAUGUUUCCCAGGGAAGCUUCACUGAGAAAUAAUCUUCAGCCCCAAGGUCAUAUGGGAAUGCCUCCCUUUAACCAACCUGGUCCGUUAGCACCAAGACCAUUCAUUCCUCCAAGACAGCAAUUUCCACAAGCACCUGGACAGCCAUUUCCACCAUCUCCCCACAUUCAGCAAAAUUUACAGCCUCCCAUGCAGUUGCAGCCAUUGCCACAACACCAGAAUAGUUGUUCUCCCCAGCCGAUCAUUCCCAAUGCUCCACACCAGUUUAGGCCGCACUUACAGAUUCUUAACACAUCUGUAAAUGACAAGCGACCUCAACGCCCACAACGGCAGAAUAUAAUGAAGCUUCGACAUUUUUCCUCGACUUGGAUCAACUUCACCAGCCCCAUGAAUAAUUUUGGAAACAUGUUCUUGUUGGAAAAGAAUAUGCCUGGUAUGCAAAACAUGAAUAAGCUUCCAAAUCAAUUCCAGGCCUCUCCUCAACGGAACAGCAACCUCCGCGAAUUGCCUAUUGCCCCUCAUAAUAGUACUCCGAAACAUCAGCGUCCUAUGUCAGCCCCUGCUGCUCAAGCUACAACUGUUUCAUGGACAAAAUCUACUGUCUCAACUACAAAUGCAACUCGAAUGAAACAGACUGCUCAAAGUGCAUCUACUGCUCAGGCUGCAUCAGGAGACAGAGCGCAACAGAAGGUCUUGCAGCAAAAAAACAAGAAGCAAAAACCAGUAUCAAAUGAUCCUACAGUGGGAGAGUCUGUAGAUGAAGAUGAGGAAACAAGGGUGUAUCGCUUAAAAAUUGAAGAACAGAAAAGACUUAGAGAAGAAAUACUGAGACAGAAGGAACUCCGGCGGCAGCAGCAAGCUGGUGCCCGUAAAAAGGAACUUCUUGAAAGACUUGCACAGCAACAGCAGCAGCAGCCACUUGCAGCCCAACAACAGUCGCAACAACAGCUAGUAAAUACACAGCAGGCUGCCCAGAAUAUUAACCCAGCUGCACUACAGGCUGUAAAUCAAUCACAGCCAAAUAUAAAGAAUAGACUGUUCACAAAGAAACAGUUUACAGGAGUACAGCACCAAGCCUAUAGAACUCAACAGUCUGGAAAUAUUCUGCAAGUUCAGACGGAAAUGAGAAAAAACGGCAACCAAAUCAAACAGGUCAGACCUGCACCUUUAAAUCAACAACAGUUUUCCAGACUGGCCCAGUCUAAGCCCGCUGGUGCAUCAGGACCCAAUUUGCAAUCUGGGAAGAUGCUUAUUCCUGCACUCAAGUCCCAAGAAUUAAAACCUGGUUUUAAACGGACAGUAAUGCAAAGAAUGAACAGUGGAGGAGGGGAUGGCCCUCACAAUAAUCCCAAAGUAAGGGUACUCAAGCUACCAACAAUGCAGGGGAGCGAGAACACUGGCUUCUCUCAUCUUGAGGUCCAGCCUCAGCGGCAGCACCAGCAGCAACUCCAGAAACAACAGACCGUUCGGAAGGUCACAUUGACAAAAGGAGCGCAACAGCAAAGACCACAGCAACAGCGGCAGCAAUCUGUACCACAGUUGUUAGGAAUGGCAAAAAAUAUAUCCAGUCAACAGAACAGGGUCAUUAUGCAGGGGCGCGGCAUAGCAUUACCAGGCCAGAUGGGCCGAGGACGCAUGAUGCAACAUAAACAGAAUUUGCGAGUGGUGGAAUGCAGACCUCAACCAUGUGUGGUGUCAGUUGAAGGGCUUUCUUCUUCAACCACUGAAAUCCAGUUGAAAAACCUGCUGAUGUCAGUUGGACCUAUUCAAGACUUCAAGAUGAUGCGAGAGCAACGAAAAGCCAUUGCAAAAUUCAAGGAACCAGCGCAUGCUUCAGCCUUUCAGCAGAAAUUUCACAGGCACAUGAUAGACCUCUCCCAUAUUAAUGUGGCACUGAUGGAUGAAUGAUUACUCUUUGAAUGGAAGUAUAGCUACGUACGAGUGCAGAAGGUCAGAUCAAGUCCAGUGAAGGUGUGAUAUGGCAGAGCUACCAUACAGCGAUCAAUUUCUAGCCAGUGUAAGCUGUCAAGUUGGUGAAACCAAAGGAGUUGACCCAAGUCCAUUGUGGGUUGAAGUAUGUAAUGGCACUGAAGAAGACUGUUUGUACUCUUUUUUUCUCCAUAUUUGUUUCUUGUCAACAAAUGGAACAAAAUCUUGGCAAAACCACCUAUGUGGAUUGAAAAUACCACAAAGAAUGACUUAUCUGUGAACAGUGACUGAAGUAGGCACUGUAGAAGUAGUUUGGCUGCUUAUAUAAUAGAAGACUUUUAUGGUGAAUAACACUAGAUAAUGGUUGCUGCAGACUUCUUUCCUUGCAGGGUUAGAUUUGUGUGAGAUACAUACCCCUUUUUAAACUAUAUUGUACCAAUGUCAUGUCUCACUUCCAAAUAAUGCAUCAUUAUGUCCAUCUAAGUAAGAAUUAGUUGGAAAGAAAGCUAAGUUGAACUGCAUGCUGCUGAGUUUGAGUUGUAAAUUCACAUUAAUCCAUUCUUUUAGACCUCCUGAUAUGGGUUUAGACAUAUAAUGCUAAACAGAAAGUUCAAGGGAAUACAUUUGACGGCUUGCCUGUUAGUUGUUAGUUUUAUUUUUGUUUCAUAGUAAAUCUGCUUAUUGGAAAAUUUAUAAUUAUGAACAAUGUGUUUAAUCAGAAGAAACGUACAUUGUUAAUGUUUUCAAAAGAUAACUUGAAGGAAAGUUGGUCAGAUAUUUAACUGACUACCUUAAAAUAUUUACCUAUCCUUUCUGUUCAGAAGUGAAUGAAAGAUCAGAUGUGUAGAUUUAUAACCCAUUACGGCAAAAUAAUUUUGAAAGAUAUAACCUUUGUAAAAUAUCCAACAUACUUGAUAUUCAACUUUUGAAACAUAGUUGUUCAUUUUCUUUAGUGGUAGAAGACUGCAAAAUAGUUUACUAUUACAAAUACAGAUCAAAGAUGGAUGCUUUUGGGUAGUUCAUCAGGGCUACUGGGGCAGUAACAGAAUGAAUGCUAAUACGUUCCUAUAGAUUGAUCUAUAGUUGGUACUUCUCCAUAUUAUCGACCAUGAAAUUAGGAUGGUUUCAAGGUUUUGUUGAAGCAUUUUAAAUAUUUUCAUCCACAGUUGUACAUUUAGCAUAUAUAUCACUACGAUGUCUCGUACCUGAUGUAAAGCUUUUUAUUAUUUGCUUUGGGAUUAUAAACAGACCAAGUGCUUACUGAAGUAGAUGCACAUUGAACUGGAGAACCGGGUUUUCAUUCCACUGCACCACUCAUUUAUUCAUACUAUAAUGUAUCUGCUAAAUUAUUAUCACCUGUAGAAAGAUAUGUUUCGCAGCCACAGGCAGUGACAGUUGGCUUGCUCAGUUUUCUCACCUUGGAUUGCUGGUGAAAUUAGUCAUUCGCAAGCCUUCCAAAACAGAUGGGAUUAUACUUUUGUCAGUGACAUUGCAAACUGAAGAACUUAAGAAACAGUUGUUAUUGCAUGAUAUCUUGGGAUGGAGAUAAAAAUUGUUUUAGGUAUUGUUUUAGUAUGUGCUCUAAGGUCUUCAGCAAAAUAUUUUUAUUGGAUAUCUUUAAAAACAGAAUUGAUCUUAUUCAGACAAUUGAGAGUUGUUUAGGUAUUUAACUUGAUACAUCACUUCUCAGUCAUUCUUGCAGAAGUAAAUUUUGUGCAAUCGAAACAGCUUUUGUUUGACAUGGUCGACAUUCAGUUUAAUAUUUAACUUAAGUGCAGCUGGAGAAAUUGUUUCUACGGAUUUGUUGAUCAGAGAAACUUGGAUGUUUAACCUGUUUUGUGAUAGGACAAAGUAUGUAUGUGUUUGUGGAUCCAAGAUAGUAAUAUAACAUUUGAGAGAGCUUGCCCAGCAAAGUCCCAUUUAAUGAAGUUAUCUAACAGUUAUAGGGGAAAUAAGAGCAAAGAAUCCAGAUUUGUCAGAUCUUGCUGUUUUUUGAGGUUUUAUUAUUAGCAUGAAAUGGAUGGGUUUUCAGUUGCAUAUUUUGUUUAUGCUGAUAUAUGACUGUAAACACUGUAGAUUUAUCACAGAAGGUUUAUCAUAAACCUACAAAAACAGUGCAAGGGCAGGAGGUGAGGUUGUCAUCCCAGGAAUGUACUGAGCUUAUGCAAGUCUUUUUUUUGGAUUGGUUGGUCAAUCCUGAAGUAGUGCGAAGAUUGAAAGUAUCAUGAGGGUUUUCAUCUUAGUUUUUUAGACCCACCAUAAGCUUCUGUUUGAGGAAGUAGAAUCUUGUUACAUGCAACUUGGUGGAUGCAUUUAACAAAACCCAGACAGAAUGGAUCUGUCUCUGCUAGUUCUUUCAAUAUGAGGAACUAUUUGUUGUAUCAUGAUCAGAUGUAGAUGGAAUGAAAUAUAUUACAGAUGGUAAGAGUCUUUGGUCUUUAUUUAUUGCAGUUUAUUUUUUUGUAUUGCAUCACCCAUAAAUUGAGUUGCCAUUUGGUUCUCUUAGAUGUUGCACUUGCAUAUAACAUCUUAGCUUUGGAAAACUAAAUGGGUUACAACUCAUCCACAAAUAUAAAAUAUAUAUUGUGUGUAUAAUAUAUAUACACAUGAAGUAAAGUGUAACUUUUAAUAUUGAAACAACUACUUUCAGUGCUGUAGCUUUAGAGGAAGGAAUGUAUAUGGCCAUUUGUUAAUAGUAUUGGGAUAGUUGCCAGAGGGGAAAUAAUGUGGGAUAAGACAUGACACACUAAGGACAUAAGUGCAGUAUAAAUAUAGGUGUUUAGAGGAAGAUUUGCUGCAACCAUCAUCAGAGUUGUUCACUGCACAUUGGUGGAUUUCACUUGUAGUGUAAAGAUGCAUUUGUAUAGCAGCAUGUAAGUAGAGCAAAAUGCUUUCAAGUCAUCGUCCGUGGUGUUCCAUCUACUUUUUAGACGUUUUGCAUUAGCUAAUACUUUCUGAAGUUGCCUGUGUUUUUUUUCAAUGUAUUCGGAAGUUUAUUGGAUGCAAUGAUUAUUGAACUGAACAAGACAUUCUGUGUAUUAAUACAUUUUUAUAAAGAUCACAGUUCUUCCAUAUGUACUUUCUCCUGUUUAUUUGCAUGAUUCUUUUCACUCAGAGGUGAUAUUUUAUAAACUCCUCAGUGUGUAUGUGGAGCCAAAUUUUUUUUUUGGGGUGUUGCUGUAUUGUUCCAUAUGUAGUAAAAUGUUUCUUGAGUUUGUGGGGUUGAGUUUUAAAAUAGUAUAAUUUGAAUCUGACUCAAUAACUUUAUUUUCUGGAUGUUUAUGGAAAUCUUGUUAGCAGGAGGUAGCUUCUAAAUGAGAUGCUCCAAACAUUGACACAAAUGAAGUUGUACUUCGUGCAACUGUGAUUCAGGGCCAUGGUUUAAAGGGUUAUAGAAGAAAAGUACAUAAUCGUCCACCUUUAAAUCUCCUACAUGCAGUAUUCUUAAAAUUAGUACCUACCUUUGAGGUGCAAGGAAAACUUGCAUUUUACAAAGGUGGAGCAGUAAUUUUUCUAGUGUGUUUCAGGAAACAUUGAGUCAUAUUGCGUGUUUGCUGACAGGGACUGUACUUUGAUGGUGCAAACCACAUCGCUAAUUUUAAGAAGCGGAUUGCAGCCCCUGCUCGAUUUGGAUAACCAUUACGUGAUGAUUCCUGAAGCAUCCUAGUUGAUUUUUUCACUGCUGGAAAUGUGAACACAUCUGUAUGAGAGCUUGUGAAAAAGUUUUGAAAUACUGUAUGUAGAAGUUGUGUUUUAAACACUUUUUAAAAAGCAUUCUUUCCACCCCACGCCCCUCAAAGAUAGUGUUUUAGUUGUAUUGUUUCUGGUCAACACUAGAUAGCUACAAUUUAACAGUUGUGAAAGGUACAUUUUCUCUUUUAAUAUUUUAUAUAUUUAUUCAUUUAACUGCAUUCUGUUGACUUGCAUUUAGAUAUGCAUUAUUAACAUAUUGUAAUAUUUUUGACCUGAAUUAUAGACAAAAUAUUUUAAUAAAUCACUACCCCAUCCCAAACUCAGAUGCAAAUAACUUGAAAGCGUAGACAAUUGUCAAUUAUAUGAUUAUUUAAAUAUUUUACUUAAAAGAAUGUGGAAUACCCUUCAUUUGUUCAUUUUCAAUAUUGAAGUGCUUAAAUGUAGAAUUAUAAGGAUAGAGAUAUAGUUGUGUGAUCGCCUGUAAUGUAUUUGUCUGUCAGUGACAAAUGUAUUAGCCUUCUGUUUGGAUCGUUUAGAUUUGAAUAUCCUGCCACAAGGUUAGAGUUAAUACAUAGCUGUGUGGAUAUUUCAAAUCCAGCCCUUAUUCUCUGCUAGUUUUGUAAUAUUUAUCCUGCUGUAGCUUUUGCAUUUUAGUGUAGCAUUGUUCAAGUUUAUUGUCAUGCUUUGCUUACUGUGUGGCGUUGCUUUGUUUGCUUUGAAUUUGGCUUCACUUACUCACUCAGUGGAUUACUAAGAAUUUUUCAAGAAUAUUUGUUGUGCUUUUCCUUACACGUGUAGAGAAGUUCAAUUAAUUUAUAUAUAAGGUAGAAUAAUCAAGAAUUCAUCAAUCAUGGCACAAAAGUUCAAUGUUUAUUGAGCUGUUUUACUACCUUGUUGUUCAAGCUGUAUUUAACAUUAUUCAACGAGUUAGAUACUGUGGUUUUCCCCAUCUUUACACCUAUAGCUUCAGUGCGUUAGAAAUAACCAUCAUUUUCCUUGCAACCAUUCGUGAUCGCUUAUUGACAUUGUUUUCUGUCCAUUAUUUAUAACUGGCUUCUUUAAAUCAGUUGAAUAUUAUUAUUCUUUUACUUUUUCUUUUUAUAUAAAGUCAGAGUUUAAAAUAGCUGCAUUUAUGCAGUGUUAAUUGUAAGGACUAAGUGCUGAAACAUGUUCUUUCCCAAUAUUUCAAGAAAGUUUUUUAAGAAACGGAACAUAAUGGGUUUGCAUAAAAGUACUUUUAUUUUUUUUAUUUUAAAUUGGUUACUGGAAUAGUAGGAUAUCCAUGGGUAUUCAGCUGUUCAGCGUUCCCACGAUUUUAUGUGGUUAGAAUCUUAUGAAUCCAACGGAUUUCAUGUAAGAUUUGUUUUGUAACUUCUGACUAGGUUGGUAUUGGUAAUUGAGACCAUUACAUGCAAAUGUUAAAUGAACAAGCUGAUUCACAUUGAAUCUAAGUUGUAGCUUUUACUAGAGCUCUUUAUAGAACAGUUGGGAAGGAUCAGUAUCUGAAUGUUGUAACAUCAACUUUUCCACUGUUUCAUCCCUGCAUCUCUUGGCCCGGGCUUUCCACAAAAGAAUGAAUUGUGAACAACACUCUGUAUUUAAACGUAUAAACUACAAUUUGCCCCUGCUAAACAGCUGUAUAUUAACUGUGUUUAGUUCUGCUUUAGACUAUAUAUAAAUGUAACCGUUUAAUGCUGCAGUGUUCGAGUAUAAAAGUAUUCAGCAUGGUAAGAUGCUGAAAAGUAAAUUUCCUUAAUACUUGAGGAUAAUUGUAUUUACAAAGAAAUGUUUUGUUGCAUUGAGUCCAUGUUUCUUUUCAAAUGUGCAAAAAUGAUGCAAGAAAGAUUGUAAUAUAUUUUGAAUGUGUUUCCUUUCUGGCAUUCUCCUAGCAUUUAGAUCCUAUUUUUAUUAAUAUCCAAGAAAAAGCACUCAAAAAUUCAUAGCCUGAGAAAGUAUAUUUUAAUCUGCUGCUUUGCAUAUUCCAUUUGCAUCUUAAGUAAGAGCCAUGUUAUUUUCCUUUCCAACCAUACAUUAUUUGAUGUCUUCAGUUAAAGUAAUUUGAUAAACAGAGCCCUGCAUUACCUUAUAGCCAUUAUGAACUAUUGGUCACCUUAAUGAUGUCUCGACACUGGACAGAGUUGACCUUAACAUUUAUAUAAUAACUUUAUUUGUUAUUCACCAAGCAUGCUGUACAAGAAAGUAAAAUUCAUCAGUGUUGAAGUAACAGUGAUUUCUUACCAUCCUUGAAAUGCUAAGAGCCACCUAUUAUUUAUGCAGUUUCCCCUCAUUCACUUUGUUUUUCUUCCCUGCUGAGUGUCUUGCAUAAUACUUAAGAGCUUUUAUCUUAAACUAUAAGGUGUCCCCAGCGUGUUUUUCUCCAAGCCUGGGCUGAGGGUUGGCAGGGAAACGGAUGCUGCCUGCACCGGGUCUGUGUUUCAAUGACUGACACAUUAAAUAUUAUUCACAGAUGUGUUUUUUUUUGUAGGGAACUGAGAAGUAGCAGUUGGUGUCAGGGAUGAAGCUUCUAACAGAUUUACGUCCUUACAGAUGCAGUAUUCUGAUCCAGUAUAUUUGGUUGGAUCCCUUUUUUCCUCCUAAAAUAACUUCUGUUUAAUCCACAGAGAAUUCCAUGCUUUAUUUCAAAACUUUUUUUUAAGAAACUUAUGUGGCUAUCUCUAUGGCGCUUUGUAUUUUAAAUUGUUGUAUUUUCUGGAAAUGCUGUCAUGGUUAUUUUCCACACUUAGUACUGUGUAUUGUGGUAUGUGCCUUUUCUAGUUUACAGUGUAGACAUUCACAUGACUGUAAACUGUAAUUGUUAAGUGAUUGCCACAAUUGUAUGAUGUCAUUAAGCAAUGUUUAAAUUUCUUUUUGAGAUUGUAAUUUUUAACAUAUGGCAAAUUGACUUGCAUAGGUAAUCAUAUUUUCAUGGUGUAAGUUUUAGUCUGAGGGGUUUGAUAGAAAUUUAUCUUUUAUUAAAUUUUGAAAUGUUUUGCAUGAAUGCCAUACAGUAAAGUAGAUGAUACUUCAAGAGCAUGGGCGUCAAUUAAAUAACUUCGAUUUUUGUUUUCUGAUGGUGACAGAGGUUCAUUCUAUCAUUCAGGAUUUGCUAAUACCUGUAUUUAUGACAAAUAUACUUAUUUGCUAAUUAGUUUUUCUUGCAGGUGGAGUGUGGAGGAGAUAACCUGGCACUUUGCAAGCUUGUUAAAUGUAUGUUGAAAUUAUCCUAAUGUAUGACACUAACUUGCUGUUUUUCUUACAGUUUAAGCCCACAGGAGGAAUGUAGAGGGAUUGCCUUUCACUUGAAUUGGCCACUAUUCUGUGGUAGAAACGAUUAUAUGGUUAGCAGUUCGGCACCUGAAAACUGUACUUGGUUAACUUAAAAGGGUUGUUGUAUUCCAAGUUGUAUCUGUCACUGAAGUUGAUCCUUCCUAACCUGAAUUUACAGUUGAGGUUUAAAUAGAUGCUCUUUGGGAGUUACAGUAGCAUUAACAUUACAAUGGAGUACUCAUUCUCAGGGUUUCUAAAUACUGAUGGAGGAUUUGGAAUUGCUUCAUGCUCCAAAUAUUACUGUGUAACAUUUUAUUAAAUGCAUUAAUCUGUCCAAAUAGCUAAUGUGUGAAUCUUUAUUUUUAAUUAUUUAUGGUGUGCAUAAGAUUUUUAUUUGUAAUAUUGACCAUUUUAAAAUAAAGAAUUUUAAUAUAAAAAUUCUUUGUAUUGAAC